AGUAGUACUUACUACUGUAAAUGUGUGUGUGUGAGAGAGAUUACUCUAAUCUAUAUCGUACAGAGACAAGUUUACAGCAGGAAGAAGAGGAACCAACACUAUUAUCCAUGGCGCACGCGAAAUCCGCCGGAGGGAAUCUGCAGGUUCCCAACGUGCAGGCUCUGUCGCAGACCUGGAACCAAUCAGGCGAGCUGGUGCCCGCACGGUAUGUCAGGACGGAGGAGACCAGCGACGCUGUGGUCGUCGCCGGCUGCGCUCUCCCGGUCGUCGAUCUCGGCAGGCUGCUCGACCCGAGGUCGUCGCAGGAGGAGCUCGCAGUGCUCGGGUCUGCCUGCCAGCAAGGUUUCUUUCAGCUCGUCAACCAUGGGGUGCCGGACGAUGUGGUCUUGGAUGUCAGGAGAGACAUAGCCGAGUUCUUCAGGCUGCCGCUCGAAGCCAAGAAGGUGUACGCGCAGCUACCAGACGGCCUGGAGGGCUACGGCCAGGCCUUCGUCUUCUCCGAGGCUCAGAAGCUUGACUGGUCGGACAUGAUGUACCUCAUGCUCCGCCCCGUCGAGUCGCGGGACAUGAGCUUCUGGCCCGUCCACCCUCCGUCGUUCAGGACCUCCGUGGAUCGGUACUCGGCAGAGGCGGCGAAGGUGGUGUGGUGCCUGCUGCGGUUCAUGGCCGCGGACAUGGGCGUGGAACCGGAGCUUCUCCAGGAGAUGUUCGCCGGCCAGCCGCAGACCAUGAAGAUGACGUACUACCCACCGUGCCGGCAGGCCGACAAGGUGAUCGGCCUGUCGCCGCACACGGACGCCUGCGCCGUGACGCUGCUUCUCCACGUCAACGACGUGCAGGGCCUGCAAAUCAGGAUGGACGAUGGCAAAUGGCACCCCGUUGAACCUCUCGACGGCGCACUCAUUGUCAGCGUCGGUGACAUCAUCGAGAUUCUAAGCAAUGGGAAGUACAGAAGCAUUGAGCACAGAGCCGUGGUGCACCCGGACAAAGAGCGCAUCUCAGCGGCAAUGUUCCAUCAGCCGCGCGGUAGCAUAACGGUGGAACCUCUACCGGAGUUGGUGAAGAAAGAUGGCGGCGUAGCACGGUACAAAUCAGUUGGCUACGCCGAAUUCAUGAAGCGCUUCUUCUCAGCCAAACUCGAUGGACGAAAAGGCCACCUCGACCACUUCAGGGUCUAAUUAAAAGAUAAUGAAAUAUCAUGAUAUAUCAAAAGAAAUGUCAGGCAUAUCAAAAGAUAAUGUUCUCCCGUCAAUGACGUAUAUGGAUUACUGAUUGUUUCUAUGCUGGGGCUACCAGCUUGUGAUGCUUGACAUAAGUAAAAAUAAAAGGCACUUGUGAUGUCAUGCACAUGUUUUUUUAA